AUGAACUUUGAGAGACAACUGUAUGAAAUAUAUCAAAUAGAUCCAGAUCAAUUACACAAAAAUAUGAAUCAAGAUAAUCUUAUUCUUUUAUGCUAAUUGGCAGAUUAAAGUGAUAAUGAAAUUACAUUAUAAAUUGUUGGAAGCUUAGUAUCAACUUAUAUUGAUUAAAAUCAUCAAAAUAUACCAGAAUUUGAUAAAAUAUUUGAAUUUGCAUGGAAUAGAAUCAAAAGAUUUAAUACUCAUUCACGUCCAGUCUAUCACUUUUUUGCAUCAAUUAUUGCAAAUAUCAUAUUACACUUUUAUGAUUAAAUACCUGUUUAAUAUUUUAAAGAAUAAGCUUAAUUAAUGAAUAAAUAAGUGUAUCUUAUUAUUAUUGAUACAGUAUUAAGAAGAUUAUAACCAUAAGAACGAGUUGGUGAAUUCAAGAUUCUAGAUUCAAAACAGAAAAUAGUCAGACAAUAAUUUUUUAAACAUAAUCUUGAUUCAUUUCUUGAUAUUAUAACUACUAGUUUAAUUGGUAAUAAUAGUAAUUCUGAUUUACAAUUAUUAGAUGGUGCAAUAGAUUUAUUAAAUUUAUUGUUAUCAUCUGAAAUUAAAUAAGAUUUUAAAGAAAAAGAUUGGCAUAAUAUCAAAAGAGCUGAAAUUAAAAACAAAAGAAACUUAUAAACUAUAAUGAAAGAAAUUAAAUUUUAAAUAUUAGAUUAAAAUGAACUUGAAAAGAUGAUAAAAAAUCAAUAUAUAGAUCAUAUGGAUCCAAUUACAAAUCAUAUUAAAAUGGUAUGGUCCAUUGUUAAAUAUUAGUAAUUCAUUAUUAAAAUGACUGAAUUAUUACCAUUAAAUAUUAAAAUAUGGGAAUCUCUUGGUAAAAUAUGUAAAAUUUAUUAAAAAUAUUAUUCCAAUGAUAAAGACAGUAUAGAUAUUAUCUAUUAAAUAACUACAAAUAUUAUGGUAUCAGAAAUAUCAAAAAUUAAUUCAAUAAGUUUACUCAAUUUUGCAGGUAAAACAAUAUUUGCAAAUCAUACUCCUUAAUGGAUUGAAUUCAAUUUAAAUUUAAUCAAAAACUUAACUACCAUAGAAGCUAUUUAAGUUGGACUUAAAUUUCUAAGAAAUUUAAUUAGAUUUCAAAGAUAAUAUGACUAUAGUUAAUUACAUUUAUUUGUUAUGCCAAUUAUAGCAAAUUUUUUUAAUAAUUGGAUUAUUCAAAAUAAUUAAUGGAUUAAUGAUAAAUUGUUAAGAAAUAAUAUCAAACACAUUUUAAAAGAAAUUAGUUGUUUUAUGAUUGAAUAAUAUUUAGCAUUCUUUGCUUAAAUGAUAUAAUUAAAUCCUGAAUAAAAUCUAUAGGAAAUGGCUUUUAAAUAUUAUGCAAUAGGAUUAUUUGCAUCUAUUAAAUGUACAGCAUAUUAACUUGAUGUUAUGAAUAAAUUAUAAUUCUACAAAAUGGAAUAAUUUAUAUAUCCAAUAAAUCUAGAUUUGUUUAAAUAAUUUAAUUAUUAAGAAUUUUAUUGUAAGGCUUUUGAUUUUGCAUUCUUAUAUUUGAAAAAUUAAUCCCCUUUUACUGAUAGAUUUUUAUAUAAAUUUUGGAAGAUACUUUUUGAUUAAUCAGCAAUUAUUAAAUUUGAAGAAAUAAUAUAAAAAAUGUUAAUUGAUAGAAAAAUAUUAUUUAAUUUUAAUAGAAUAUUCUUAUUUAAUGAUUAAGAAUUAAUAUAGAAAUCUUUAAGAAUAUUUGUUAAUGCUAAAAUAAAAUUGGAAGAUCAAUUUUAUUAAAUAAAUCAAAUCAAUAUCCCAAAGGAAUGCUUUUUAGAUUUUCAUGAAUUUCGUAUCAUUCCUAAUUAAAAGAUUAUUACUCUCUAUCAUAAAGUCAAAAUGUAUUUGCUAAAUGUUGAAAAUGAAUCUAUUAAAGAUUAAUCAGAAUCAGAACAAUUAAUAUUAAAAUUUAAAAAUGAUGUACUUUAAUUUUUAGAUAAAAUUUAAAUUACUAGAGAUAUAGUUUUUAUUUUAUAGAGUAUGUUGAAUGAAAAUGUAAGGAGUCUUUAUGGAAUUAUUAUGUAGAUUAUUGAUGAUAAAGCCUAUUUAAAAUUAUUUGCAUAAAAAAUUGAUUUUGAUAUGCUCAAAUUAACUAGAAUGAUGAUAAAUACUACUGGAUAGAUUGGAUAAUUGAAAUAAGUUAUGGUUGAUCAAUUAUAUGAAUGGAUAUUAUUAGUAGUUUAAAAAGUACAAUUUCAUCUAGAUUCUAUAAAUAAAGAAUUCAAUUAAGAAAGACAAUUAGGAUAAAAAAGUAUCUAAAAUAUCUAUAAACUAUAUUAUAAACCAUUGUUAUAAUUAUUAAAGAUAUUUGAAAAUUUAAAAUAUCUUAAUAGAUUAAUAACAAGUAAAAAAUAAAUCAGAAUAUAAAUUUAUCAAUCAAUUUUACUAAUUUUCAAAUAUAUCAAUCUCAAUGAUUUAAGUAAUUAUAUUCAUAAAAUGUCAUCAUUAUUUUAUGUAAUCUAAUGGUUAUUGGAAUUUGAAACUACUAGAUAAAUGAUAACAGAUGAAAUAUUUGGAUAUAUUUUAGAUGUAAUUCUAUUUAUAUUAAUUUAGUUUAUAAAUUGUGCUUUAUUAAUAUAGGAGAAACGAUCUUUGAUGACUUGUUUAAAGAUCAUAUCAGAUAUAUAAACAUAUGAUUAGUUUAGCCACUCUUAAUAUGUAAAUUUAUAUUUUUAUUCUUUAGAUUUAAUAGAGAUUAAUUGCUGAAAAUUGUUUAUUUGGUGCCUUUUUGUAUAAUAUAAGAAUCUCUGAUAUAUCAGUCUUGAUUUUAAGAUACUUUUAAAGAAUGCCUAAUGAUUUUAAUGUUCUAUUCUCUAAACUUAAACAAAGAAUGUAACCAUAUAAGAGUUAAGAAUGGGAUUAAAUUAUUAAUAUCAAAUUAGAUAAACUCAACUCCAUCAUUCCAAAAUAAUAAUAACUUAUUAAAUCAACAGCAUAAAACAAAUAAAUAGAAAAAACCUUUACAGAUUAUUUUUAUUAAGUAUAAUUAUUUUAUAAUUAUUAUCCAUGA